CCAACGUCUGGCGCCUCUUUGAAACCCUAUACUCGGGUUUUAACAGAAACAACUCUGCCGCCAUUGAAGUCUGCCUCCGCCUCCGGCCACCGCAAAGAUGACGAAGAAGACAGAGAGGAAAGUGAACGUUUCCGGGAAGCCGAAGCACUCUCUGGACGCGAACCGCACGGAUGGGAAGAACAAAGAGCAGCGUAGUGCGGCCACCGUGCGCCGCCUCAAGAUGUACAAGGUCCGGCCCAAGCGUGACCGCAAGGGCAAGUUCAUCAGCAACGAGUUCCAGUCCAAGGAGUUGCCCAACACUCGAAUCCAACCCGAUCGCCGCUGGUUCGGGAAUACUAGGGUUGUGGGCCAGAAGGAGCUUGAAGUCUUUCGCGACGAGCUCGAGAAUCACAUGUCUAAUAGAUACAAUGUGAUUUUGAAGGAGAAGAAAUUGCCCAUGUCUCUUCUUAAUGACCAUAAGAAGCAAUCAAGAGUUCAUCUGCUUGAGAGAGAGCCGUUUUCCGAUGCAUUUGGACCUAAGACAAAGAGGAAGCGUCCAAAACUCUUGGCAGCUAAUUACGAGUCCCUAGCUAAGAAAGCCGAUGGUUCUCAGGAUGUGUUUGAGCAGAAGCACGAUGACAUUGCUGCAGAAGCAGGCGAAGCUGAUGGAUUUAGGGACUUGGUUCGCCAUACAAUGUUUGAGAAGGGACAAAGUAAACGUAUUUGGGGCGAGCUUUACAAAGUGGUAGACUCCUCAGAUGUUGUUGUCCAGGUUUUGGAUGCAAGGGAUCCCCAAGGUACAAGAUGUUACCACUUAGAGAAGCAUUUGAAAGAGCAUUGCAAGCAUAAACACUUGAUUCUCUUGUUAAACAAGUGUGAUUUGGUUCCCGCUUGGGCAACAAAAGGUUGGCUAAAAGUAUUGUCGGCGGAGUUUCCAACUCUUGCAUUUCAUGCUAGCAUCAACAAGUCAUUUGGCAAGGGUUCCCUUCUAUCAGUGUUGAGGCAAUUUUCCCGAUUAAAAAGUGACAAGCAAGCAAUUUCUGUGGGAUUCGUUGGGUAUCCCAAUGUUGGAAAGUCAUCUGUUAUCAACACACUGCGAACGAAAAAUGUUUGCAAGGUUGCUCCUAUUCCAGGGGAAACGAAAGUGUGGCAAUAUAUAACACUCACAAAGAGGAUCUUCUUGAUUGACUGCCCCGGAGUUGUCUAUCAAACCAACGACUCUGAAACAGAUAUUGUACUGAAGGGCGUGGUACGUGUCACAAACUUGCAGGAUGCUUCAGAACACAUAGGAGAAGUUUUGAAACGAGUUAAGAAAGAGCACUUGCAAAGAGCAUAUAAGAUAAAAGAGUGGGAGGAUGAUAAUGACUUUCUAGUUCAGCUAUGCAAAUCAUCCGGAAAGCUUUUGAAGGGUGGGGAACCUGACCUGAUGACAGCGGCAAAGAUGAUCCUCCAUGAUUGGCAGAGGGGUAAGAUACCAUUUUUUGUGCCUCCUCCACAAAGAGAAUUGCCAUCAGAGGAGCAUCCUGCCAAUGAAGUAGAAAACGAUACACUAAUAGAUAAUAAUCAAGCAUCAGCAUUUAGAGCCAUUGCAAAUGUUAUUUCAUCCCAGCAGCAAAUGAAUGUCCCGGUUCAAAGGGAUCUUUAUAACGAAAAUGAGUUGAAGGAAUCCAAGACGGAUAACCUUCCUGAACAUGAUGUUGAGGCCGAGACAUCUGAGAAGUCUAAGGAUUCAGAUAGUGAGACUUCUGAGAAGUCUGAGGACUUGGAGGAUGAGGUGUCUGAGCAGUCUUCUGAUGCAGUGGAUGAGACGUCCGAGUAGAUUUCCUUGGCGAAGGACCAAAUAUCUUUAUGAGCUUCCAACCAACUGUCGAUGCUCCAAAAGAACCCUGUUGUCGAUAGUUACUUUUUUGUAGUCCAUAAUGUUAUGCAUUUGCUUUUUCAACCAAUGAAUCCUAAAAGUUAUGUUAUUGUCGAGUAUGAUUUGUUAUC